AUGAAGUUCCUCGACCUAUGUGCGGGUCUUGCCGCCGUCGGCGUCGUCAACGCUGCCCCGGCUCCGGAUUCACCCCUCAACAAGCGGGCUACCUUUCAAUUCACCGGAGUCAACGUUGCCGGUGGUGAAUUUGGCAACCUCAAUCUCCCUGGACAGCUAAACAAGGACUACGUUUGGCCAGACAAGGCCGCCAUCGAUACGCUUAAGAGUGAUGGCAUCAACACUUUCCGCGUGGCGUUUAUGAUGGAGCGAGUUGUUCCGGAUAAGCUUACCGGGACUAUUAACGAGACGUACUUUACCGGUCUUGACGAUGCCAUCAAAUAUAUCACUGGAAAGGGUUCCUAUGCCGUGCUCGAUCCCCACAACUUCGGGCGAUACUAUGGGGACAUCAUCACCGACGUAGCCGGUUUCGAGGCCUGGUGGAAGACGGUUGCCGCGCGCUUCAAGGACAACGACAAAGUCAUCUUCGAUACCAACAAUGAGUACCACGAUAUGGACAACAAGCUCGUCGCCGACCUGAAUCAGGCCGCUGUCAAAGGCAUCCGUGCUGCGGGUGCCACUAGCCAGUUCAUCUUCUUGGAGGCCAACUCGUGGAGCGGUGCCUGGCACUUUGUUGACUCUGGUUCUGCUGCUGCUAUGAAGGAUAUUACCGAUCCCUCCGACGAGACCGGAUCAAAGCUUUUCUACGAGCUCCAUCAAUACCUUGAUUCCGAUGGUUCCGGAACAAACGAGGCCUGCGUCAGCGGCACUAUAGGUGCCGAGCGCCUUAACCUCGCAACCCCUUGGUUCAAGGCCAAUGGCAAGAAGGCCGUCCUCGGCGAGAUUGCUGGCGCAAGCAACCCCACGUGUAUCGAGGCUCUCAAGAACGGUCUUAAGCACCUCUCCGACAAUAGCGACGUGUGGGCUGGAUUCCUCCUCUGGAGCGCCGGUCCUUGGUGGGCUGACUACAUGUUCUCUAUGGAGCCUCCGAGCGGUGCCAUGUAUAAGGGAGUUUUCCCAAGCAUCAAGGAGUACUUUGGUGCUUAA